AAUUGAGUUUUCCGAAAUUAAGAGUUAUGAGAACUCAAGAUGGACCAGAAGGAUUUACAAAAAGGAUUUAUUGGUUAGAAGUUCCAAUGUUAAAGAAUGUUAGAACAAUUGUGACAGAUCUACGGUUUAGUGAAGAUUAUUGGGAAAAUGCUUUAAAAUAUGCUGGUGUGGAUGCUUUGAAGAAAGUUCCCAAUUUCAAACAUAUUGUUUUUACUAGGGAUCGACAUCUUAAAGAUGAUGGUAAAGAGAUCAAUCCAGCAUUGGUUGAAGAUUUUAAAUCUCGUGGGGUUCAAUGUCAUCUCAUGGACGAAAUGACCUGUAAUGAGAUUAUGGAAUUGGAUUAUAAACUCAAUGGACCCAUGGAUUAAAUCAUGAGUUUGACUGUUCAAAAUGUCUCAAGAUUAGCUCCCUUUUUCACGAUCUUUGUAUGACACUCAAAAAUUUGGGUUCCUUAUAUACAAAAAAUGAUUGCAACAAUCCUUUUCGGCAUCUUUGUAGAUGACGCUCGGUGCCACAUCUGGGGAUGGUCAUGUUAAGUUGAAUUACUCAUAUAGAAAAUUGAAAACUUGAUUACAUGAGCUUUUUGUCCAGCUAGACCAUUGGUUGACUUAUCAAAUACAAGAUUGGACAUCCUCCUCUUUGAUCUGUGCACAAUACUUGGCAAUUCUGAGCUUCUCGGGUAAAUAAAAUGAUUGCAACCAUG